UGCAUUCUCUGCCCUGCUCUGUUUGCAUCUAACUAUUAUAACUAUAGUAAUAUAAUAGUAAUUAUAUGUAAAAUAAAUUAAUUUAGAAUGUGUUGUAAUGAAUAAAAAUUGUUUCAUAAUGAAUAAUAAUUGUUCCAUAUAUGUGUAUAUUUAUUUAUUAAUACUAAAAUACAUAGAAUAAAAGAGAUAUAUACAUUUAGGUGUAUUUAAUUAGUUAAGUUUGUAUGUGUGGGUGUAUUUAAUUAGUUAAGUUUGUAUGUGUGGUUGUCUGUGUGUCUUCAUCAGCCCAUGGAAGCUUAAAUGACUUGCAUGGAAUAAUAAUAGUAGUAAUAAUAAAGAUGAAUAAUAAUAAUAAUAAUAACAAUAAACUAAUAAACAAAUAGCAGAGCAUUUAUUCUAUUAAAAAUAAUUACAAUUGAAAACUACGGCCAAAGGCUGUCGUACAUAAAAUAAUUGCAUUAAUUAAUAUCAUCUCAUUAAUGACAUUAACAAGUUAAAUUGAUUAUAGCGAUUAAUUGGAAUAACAAUAAUUAACAAACAAAAUUAAUAAUAAUAAUAAUAGUAAUAAUAAUAAUAAUACUAAUAACAAUCCCAAUUCACCGAACAUCCGAUCCGGAUGAAAGGAAGCACAUCCUCUACGCCAAGGUCGUCAACCUCAGGGACCAGGAGCCUCGAUUCCAAGUCGGUCAAAUCUAAAAUCGGAUCUCUCGAUAAUGCCAAGCACACCCCUGGCGGUGGAGCUGUGAAGAUACAGAGUCAGAAAGUGGAUUUUUCGAACGUAGGCAGUAAGUGCGGCUCGAAGGACAACAUGACCCACACCCCUAAAGGCGGGAAUGUCAAGAUUGAAAACAAGAAACUGGAAUGGAAGGUCGAGUCGAAAAUUGGAUCCCUGGAUAAUGCCAAGCACAAACCUGGAGGUGGCGAUAAAAAAAUCGAAAGUGCUAAGCUGGAGUGGAAGGUUACUUCAAAAAUCGGCUCACUGGAAAAUGCCAAACACAUUCCCGGUGGUGGUGACGUCAAGAUUGACACGGUGAGGCUAGACUUCAAGGAUAAGGCCCAAUCGAAAGUGGGUUCCAAGGACAACAUCAAACACAAGCCCGGUGGUGGCGCGAAAAAGAUCGAGACUCAGAAAUUAAGUUUCAGCGAAACCGCCCAGCCAAGAAUCGACGCCAGCCUGAAACGUGAAAGCAUAACCGAGGAAGUAGUUUUUGAAGAAAAAGUCAAAGAGAAUGUUAUGGGAGAAGUUAAAAAUUAAAAAAUAAUUAAUCACUGAAAAUGAUUUUUGUCCUUCGUCGUUAUACCCAACUAAUAACUGUCAAAUUUAACGUUAUAAUUCAUUUAAUUUGAUAAAUUUAUUAAUAUAUUUAAUUUUUAUAAAUUUUUUAUUAUCCAACCUCUUUCUAAUUUCUUGGAGGUUUAUUGGUGCACCAUUUGUUAAUUUUCCAUUUUUAUGCGUAACCAGAAAAUUUUGUUGUUCAACCAUCAUUUCAACUUGAGUUUACUUUUAAAUAUAUUCCGUUUUUAGUGUGACGUCAUGAGAUUUCGUCACGUUGUUUUUUUCCCCGUACAACUUUUCAUUGCAGUUAAAUAAUUAUUUGAAUAAUAUUAAUUAAUUAAAAUUUAUUAUAGUUCAUUUAUUUUUCAUUUUUUCAAAUUUGUUAAAUUUAAUGUUGCUACUAAACAUUUUUAACUGAUAAAAUCCAUUUUGACGUUGUCUGUCUAUAUUUCUAAAUGUUCGUUCUAUAACUUUUAUAUUCUGAAUGCGUGUGUGUGUGUGUGCAUGUGUGUGUGUUUGUGCGCGUGUGUAUUUGUGUGUGUUGUUUCUUUCAUACAGUGUAAUUUGACACGCAAACUAAUUAAUUAAACCGUCAUUAAUUGGAUAAUUUAUAUUAAUUGGUUAUUUUUCUAUUUACUGUAUAAAAGUAAGUAUAUAACUAUACCAUAUAUUGGAUUAAGACUGUCAGAAAUGCAAUUAUUGACGAAAACCACACCAUUUUCAUCAAUAAUUGAACUAUACUAAAUGCAUACACAUAGGUAUAUACACAUAUACAUGUAUUCUUCAUGUAUUUUUAGGUUAGUAAGUUUUUACAACAUUUAAUAAAAAAAUAACAAUAUAAAUAUAGGCACGCAAAUGUUAAUGUUAUUACUAUUGUUAUUUUUAUCAUCACUAUCUAAUGUGGUAGCUAUAUGGAUACAUAUUCAAGAACGUUUUUGUGUGUUUUUAAUGUUUUAUUAUUGUUAUUAUCAUUAUUAUAUAUACAUACAUAUAUAUAAAAUAUUUAAAAGUUAAAAUGUCGUUUUUGUGUUUCUGGAGUGAUAGUGACGUGGUUUGAACAACAGACU